AAAAGAAAUACAAGCUACCAUAGAAAGACUAAAGAGAGCAGAGAGUAAUUUGACUGCCAAAGAAAGGGAGCUAAUGGAACGGGAGAUUAAAUUGUUAGAAAGGGAGAAAACCCUGGAACAACAAUUCAAAGCUGUGCAUUUGGAUUCCUAUGAUGUCAAUUCAUGGAGUGAGAUAGACGUGUAUCAGUGGAUUCUCCAAAUGCAGAAUGGACACUCUAGUGACCUUGCCCAGUAUGCAGGCAUCUUCCUUCAGCACAACAUUACCGGCAAGCGACUGAUGAUGUUGAAUCUAGAACGCAUCCAAGCUAUGGGCAUUACCUCAACUGGGCACAGUAUGGAACUAAUGACAGAAAUAGAAUUGUUAAAGGCCCAUAACCACAGGCUGCUGAAUUUUCCACCGCUGUCUAAAUCUGAUGACAUGCCAGUGGAUACUUCUCCAGUUCAUCGUCAGAUUUCCCUCACCCUCAUUUUUGGACAUCAUCUCAGGCAGGGAAAAAGUAAGAAG